AUGCCAGCACGUAGACGGCACGUCGGUUACGAGGUAGACCAUGAUCUCGUGAUCGGAACCUCAAACAGUCACUGGCAGGGCAGUGUCACGACGAGUCAGCGUUAUAAUCAUGAGAGUGAGGGCUGCGAUUUAAUCGAGAACGAUAAAAAGCAACCGGAUACCGCGGCAGCGACGAUGACGUCGCGCGACAGGACCAACGAGUUCGUGAACGCGAUCAGGACGAUGCAGAGUAGGACCAUGGCUCGCACCACGAUCUCGCAGAAUCCUCGUCGCACACGGCAAUUACAGGGUUAUUCGAAUUUCAUGAUGAUCGCUAAAAGCAUCGGGAAAAACAUAGCGAGCACUUACACAAAACUGGAGAAACUUGCUCUGUUGGCUAAACGAAAGUCCAUAUUCAACGACAGACAAGUAGAGAUCGAAGAGCUGACUAAUAUCAUUAAAACAGACUUGAAGAGUCUGAACCAUCAGAUAGGGAAGUUGCAGGAACUUAGUAAAAAGCAGAGGCAGGUGUAUGCAUCACAGAGCAACCACAUGGCUUCGCAUUCAUCUUCAAUCGUUAUGGCCCUACAAUCGAAAUUAGCGAACAUGUCGAACCAUUUUAAAAGUGUACUUGAAGUCAGAUCAGAGAACAUGAAGGAAGAACAAAGCAGAAGGCAACAGUUCAGUCAGGGUUCCUUAUCGACUAUGCUACCUCCCAGUGUUACUGGGAAGCAGGGUUCCUUGUUGCUCCAAGAACAGGACUCCCCAGGUUCUGUGGCGAUCGACCUGGAGCCAGCGAUGGGGCAGCUGAUGAUACAGCAAGCUAUACAAGAUGACACUGAUGCAUACAUACAAUCCAGAGCGGAAACAAUGCAGAAUAUAGAAUCCACUAUCGUCGAACUUGGCGGAAUUUUCCAACAAUUAGCGCACAUGGUUAAGGAACAAGAAGAAAUGGUGGAAAGGAUAGACAGCAACAUUGAAGACACCGAGCUGAACGUGGAAGCGGCACACGCAGAGAUCCUGAGAUAUUUCCAAUCAGUAACGAACAACAGGUGGUUGAUGAUAAAAAUAUUCGCGGUCCUUAUAUUCUUCUUUAUAUUUUUUGUCGUAUUUCUAGCAUAAAAAGCAUAACCAUUAUUUUCCUCCACGCAAACGUUUGUAGUUCACCAUUCGUGUCCGUUGUGAUAUAAAAUAAUCGACGAGCAAAGAAUUUUUUUAUACAUCACGACCGUUUAGCUGUAGAUUAAUACUUUCCAUUGCAUUCCUUUCUUUUCAAUUUGUGAAUACUGUAAGAUACAUCGAUGUGGCCAGCUAUGUUGUUUGUAAAAUGUAAAAAGAAAGCUAAGUGGGUAAUAAAUAUAUAAUUUUCAA